UCGGCCCGGUCCAAUAAUAAAAGGAUCGAGUCAAACCGAACCGAUAUACUGGCUCGGCCGCUCUGACUAUCCUUCUUCCUCUCCCACUCGGACUCGGUGUUCUAAUUUAUCUCCGUAAGCUUUCAGAGUAAGAACUCCUCGGUCCGACUACAAAACGGAGAUAGAAAACCCUAAAAUUAGUUAUCGCUCUCUCUAUCGAGUAGUCUCGACUCAGUACAUAAUUUUACCAGAAACUCAUCUCCAUCGCCGAUCAACUGUUUCGUCUUCCUGAAGACACCAAAGUCGAACUCGGAAUUUCGUCUUACAUCCCGAGGUUCACGGCGUCGCCUUCUUAGAGAGCUUCGGGGGACCGGACUUCUCUGCAUCUGCUCACCACUUGACGGAAGCACUCCUUGGCCAUCACAAUACGGAAUUCAGGGGAUCCGUAAGGAACAUGGAGAAAACUACAAUUGAUCCUGCCUCUGAUGGCGAGGAAGAUUAUGUAUUGCUCGAUCUUGGUGAUGUAUCGCUUCUUGACAUCCCACCCAAUGCUCCAUAUGUUCUAUCUGGGUUGGACACAAUGAAUCCAGUGUUGACUAUAUGUGACAAAAUUAAGAUGGUUGGAGAAUAUGAAGAAACAAUAGGCACAUGUUUGACCUUUGCCGAAGAGGAAGUCUCUGUGGUUGAAGAAGAAGAAGAAGCAGGGCCAUCUGAAACAAUUCAUCGCACGGCAGAGGCUGUUGCACCAAAUCGAGCUCCAAGGAAGGAGUUGAAACCCAUUGCUUCUGUUCAUAAGAUCCUUAAGUUUAAAUUAUUGCCUGAUUCUGCUGUUCCAAACUCAACAUCUGAGCACACUUGAGAGACUCAGAUUAUUUGUAUAUAUUACUUUGGUAUGUUCCUUGAUAAGCCUUAAAAAGAGGAAGAAAAGACAA